UAUUUGGUGGUGUCAAGUCGUAAAACGUAUUGUUUGUUAACGAAUUAGUAAUUGGCUUGCAAUUGGUAAAUACUUUCCAAAUCAACUAUCUACAAACCGAGUAAUGAAAACCAUAUCCAAGUUGUAUCAAAUAAUGGAAAGUGUGAAUAAGUAGCAAACGAAGAAGCAAAUAGCCGGAAUUCAUUCGAAUUUCGAAUACGUCUCGAACUGUAAAAGAUGAUCGACAUAUUUGAGACACAAAUGAACCGCGCCCCAGACCAUCACAUGAUUGGCGGUUACCAUUCUAGCGAGGGCCAAUGGAGGAGGUUCUGUUCUGCAACGAGUCGCUACAACGAACCAGUGUGGUCACGUAAGCCCACCAUACCGCAUGGUGGAUAGAUGUUUCGUUUAAGUCGACGUUGUAUAAAAUGCUAUAAUCGUGUAUUGUUGUUAUUUUCCAAGAGGCAGAACGAUCCUGUGGAGCAGCCACCUCCAGCCUUGCACACGACUGUAUGCCUUUUUCUGUGUGAACGUGACUGGAAUACAAUCAGAUUAUAAUCGGUAUAUAAUCAAGAAGAAAUUUGAGCUUGCAAUAUUUGCUGCUCAGCAUCGAAGCACUGUCGAAAAUGAAGUGGUCGCCAGGUGCUUUGUUCUGCGAACAAGUUGGCGAACUUACGCGAGUAUUCUCGCAAUGGAACGAAUGUGAACAAACUGUGGUUUUAUAUGCACUACUUCGUCGCAUUCCUGCAGUUCAAGCAAGAUUCCUUGCACAAGCGGUACAGCACUCCCUGCACUCUGUCUCAGAGUUGGACACACAGGAAUUAAAUGCCAAUAAUCCAGCAUUUAUCAACUCACUGCUCUCGGAAUCAACAGAAGUUGCUAUAAAUCAACUUCUCACUCACUUGCCACUCUUGAGGCCUGGGAACAUAGAGUGUAAACAAUGUUACCUAGUGGCAAUACCAGAAUUAGUGAGCCACUGUGUAACGACGGGGCAGUACACAGAACAAACUCAACAACUUCUAAGUUAUUGUUUGAUCCAUCCAGCUAUAACUAGUCAAGAUAGACGUUCUUUGACUCAGUGGCUUAGACAUCUCGAAGAACGUAUUAGCGGUACGCCACCUAUACACAGUCUCGAGGAGUAUACCAACACCACCAUCAGGUGGGAUAAUGCUUGGCAGCGAAAUUCUAAACAGCAAAACGAACAAACGAGUUUGUUCGGCACCCAACCAGGAACUGCCUUCAAUUUGCAAUUUCCACCAUCCGUAACUCGCCAACGCCGAUCAAACAGUCUGACACCGCCAGUCGCACCACCUCAUCAUUUAGAAGUAGUCGAUCGCAGUAAUAAUGUAAACUGUACAACUAAACAUAAGCCACGAAGUUUCAGCAUGUCUGGAGAUCAAAGCAAUCUUAUUGGAUUAGGCCCGUUGAGCCCUCAGAGCUCUUGUGCAAGUAGUGGUAGCGAAGGCCGUUUGGAUGAGGCAUCUAAUCGAUCACUUGCUAGUGGCAUGCGAGACGUCCCGUCAUGGCUUAAGACAUUGCGCCUUCAUAAAUAUAGCUAUCUAUUUGUUACGCUAAGUUACGAAGACAUGCUGCAACUGACCGAGGAACAAUUAGCAGAGCAGGGCGUGACGAAAGGGGCCAGGCACAAAUUAGCCCUGUCUAUCGCGAAACUACAGCAGCGUUAUACGAUACUGUUAAAUUUAGAAAAAGACUUGUUACAACCGACACGGGACACCACACAGUCCGCUUCAUUUUUACAAGGACCAACAGUAUUGGUCAAUACUAUCGAUGAACUAAAGACCAUCUUAGCAACACCAAUGAAACCGAGCCAAGAAAAUGAUCCCCAGGACAUACCCGCACAAUUCACCAAAGUCCUCGGCAAACUGUGCAGUCGAUUGGCGUUAGACAGCGUGGAUGACGGCAUGUUAUGCGCCUGCAUUAACGUAUUAGAAAAAGUACUUCAACACGACUGUUUUACUCCGAACCAAAAGGAGAAAGUACAACAAUGGCGAAGCAGACUCGGAAAUCCGCGACCAACUCCAAAAUGGCAACAUAAUUAUGGAUACAAUAAUAGAAGGUACUGCAAUCCGCAGCAGCACAAUAGAAAGCCCAGUUUAAACUUAGGACACAUUCACAACACACACCCGCAAAAUAAUUCGUUUGUGGUCAGCACACACAGGAACAGUAUAUCCACGCCGUAUUUGCAAAAUAAUCAGAACCAAAGUGUAAAUCAGACUUUGCGUCCGGUCCACGUGACCAAAAAACGACCUAGCCUGCAAGAAUCUAGUUUACAGCAAUUGCAAAGAACAUUGCAACGUACAUACAGUGCGCCGAGGGAUCAUUUUCUUAGCCCGAGUAGCAACAAUGCAUCGGAGACUACGGAGCCGGAAAUCAACUCUCGUCUCGAAUCUCUGUGUCUAAGAAUGACAGAACAAGCGAUCGGCGGUUUCGGUGAGGCCUAAUAUAGCUGUCCGCUAACAGUUUUUUGUUCACUGGGAUUCACGCAGUAAGUCCUGUUUAAAAAACAAACAAAAACUUAUAAAUUGUGUCCGAGCUCCGUUCUUUCAAAGCCAGAUGAGUGCAAGACUGAUUUCCGUACAUCUUGCGAAUGUAUGAAGAGACAGCAAUGAUAUAAAAAGAGUGCUGACAAGUUGCGCGUAAUUAAAAAAGAAACGUGCAUGCACAUAUAUUUCACGCUUUAAUAGCCCUACCAAAUGAAAAAAGAAAGAAAUGUCCAAACAUUUUUGAGGCAUUUGCACCGAGAGAGAACUCAGUUUUGCGACGCGUUCGAAUGACGCAAAGGAAAACGAAAAAAAAAGAAUAUUUUUUAUUAUGCCCGAUGCAAUUGUACUAUUUAAAUGAAACUGACAGAAUUUGGCAAGCCAAAUGCUAUUAGGAAGAUAGAUUCUUUCCUUGACUAUUUGCUGCAUCAUAUAUAUUAAAUGUAUUAUAUUAAAAAAAAUAUAUAUGUAUACACAUAUGAUAUAUAGAAUUUUAUGGGAAGCG